AUGUCGACCGAGUCUACAAAGAGCGAGAAGAGGUCCGCCGCGACCGCCAUGGCCGUCCCGCUCCGCCAUGCGGACGACGAGCUCCUCGCCAAACUCGGCUACAAGUCCGAGUUCAAGCGCGAGUUCUCGUUGAUCGAGACGAUUGCGUUUGCCUUCUCAAUCAUGGGCGUCAUCGCGUCUGUCUCCUCCACGUUCUCCUUCCCUCUAGAAAUCGUAGGCGGGCACGUAGGGAUGGUAUUUGGGUGGCUCAUUCCCUCGCUCUUCGUCAUGACCGUCGCUGCCUCGAUGGCCGAGCUCGCCUCUUCCAUGCCGACGAGCGCCGGGCUGUACUACUUCUCCGCGAAGCUGGCGCCCCCAAAGUAUUCUGCGCUUGCGAGCUGGAUCACCGGCUGGGCGAACAUCACCGGCCAAGUGACGCUCGUCUGUUCCAUUGACUUCACCUGCGCGCAGAUGAUUACGAGCGCGCUCGCGGUCGGGCCGACCUACGGCAUCCUCCUCGCCAUCCUCUUCGUCCACGGCGUGGUGUGCUCCGCCGCGACGAACGUCCUCGCCCGGCUCAACCUAUUCUAUGUCAUUGUCAAUGUCGGGACGAGCGUCGCGGCGAUCAUCGCAUUACUCGUGUGCUCCGGCGACAAUAAGGUGUCGACCAAGGAUGCUUUCACGAUGUACGAGAACAACACCGGGUGGUCGAACAGCGGAUGGGCAUUCCUGCUCGCGUUCACCGCACCGAUGUGGACACUAACCGGAUAUGACUCGGCGGCCCAUAUUGCAGAGGAGACCGCCGGCGCAGCUCGUGCAGCGCCAAUAGCGAUCUUCGUCGGGUCGGUGCGACGCCUCUCUCGGCUGGAUCAUCUACAUCGCCGCCUCCUUCGCGACGACCUCCGUCUCCGAUCUCCUCAGCACGACCCUCCCGCUGCCGAUGGCCCAGCUCUUCCUCAACGUGCUCGGCAAGCACGGCAUGCUGGCUAUUGGAGCUUCAUCAUCGUCGUCCAGUUCGUCACCGGCGCCGCGCAGGGCGUCGACGCGAGCCGCGUCGUGUUCGCGUUCGCAAGGGAUAACGCGCUGCCCGGGAGCAGGUGGUGGAAGAUGAUGAACGGCCACACCCAGACGCCUGUCAACGCGGUGUGGCUGGUCAUGGUCCUCGCCGGAAUCUGUGGCCUCCUGGGCUUCUCAGAGACGGCGCUGUCGUCGCUGGCUGGCGCGUCCGUGAUAGGUUUGUACACCUCGUACGUCACCCCCAUCUUCCUGCGCAUCACGUCUGGCAGGAAUCGGCUCGUCCCCGGGCCAUUCUCGCUCGGCAAGUGGUACUUGCCCAUCGGUGCCAUUGCGUGCUCCAUGAACUACGCCGUCGUUAUCAUUAUGGCUGUCUUCAUCUUCGCUAGCAUCUCCUGGAUCGUUUCUGCGCGCAAGUGGUUCAAGGGCCCGGUGACGACAGUGGAGCAGAAAUGCAUAAAACUUCAAAUCAUGGACGGUGCCUAA